AUGUCAUUCAGACGCCCAGCCAUGUACCAGCUCGGAAUCGAGACUGGUCCUAUGGUCCCCACAGAUCUAUACCCUCCGGCCAACGUGCCUCUUCAGGAUCCACCCAGCGCAUCGGAGCGAGAGGUGGCUGCACAGUUUUAUAAGUUCCAGGCUGAAGUCAGAGACGGACCUCUGUACACAGGCUCAGUGGAGGUCAAGACGGGGCCGAACGGACAGAAAAAGGCGUCACGGAUACUCAUCGAGGUAGACGAUGCGUGUGAUGACGGCAUCAGACGAUACACGGAUCGGUACAGAAAGAAGCGAAAGGUCGGUCGGUCGAUAGAUGAGCAUCCGUAUAUUCUGGAGCUGUUCCCCCAGGAGCUUCACGAGGCCAUGGGAGCAAAGAAGGAGGCUGGAGAGGAUGUUAAGCGUCGUCGAGCGGGUAUUUCCAAGUUUGCCAACUCGCUGAUCCAGGCGGACGAAGCCGAUCUGUCGCCUGUGGAGCUGGAGGCACGUCUCAAGGCCCAGCAGGCCCUGACCAUGGUGGAUGACAAGGAGCUGGAGGCUCGUCUGGGCCAGGAGGCAGCUGAUUCUGAGGAGGAGGAGAUUGAAGAUGAUGUCUACGAUGACGAAGAUGAUAACGAUUACAAUGCUGAGGGAUACUUCGAUAACGGUGAUGAAGAUGAUGAUGAUGGAGAUGACGACGAGGCCAACUUUUAG